AUGAGCAUCGAAUCAGGAAAACAUGCACAAAAGUUUGAAAGUGCAAUAUUGUUCAUUCAGAAAGAACAUGCCAAUACACUGAAAGAUUUGCAUGAAGAAAUUUGUCGUCUGCAAAAACAGUGCUCGGAAUUGACAUUUCAGCUAACUAUGAGAGAUGUUCUUACUGAAAAGCCAGACCUUGAAAAAUCCAGUACAGUAAUCGACAUACUGGAGAGAGAGUUAGACCAUCGAGAUAAACACAUCAAACAGUUGGAGGGAAAAGUUCAGUCUUAUAAAAAACUCAGUCUGGAUGAGAACCGAAAACAUGUGCAGACAGUGAACAUGCUGUGUGCUGAACUGAAGUCAAAAACUAGUCAAAUUACUUACCUUACUUCAGAAGUGCAUCGAUUUCAGUGUUUAAACAAGAAGUCAGUUAACGAAGAAACAGAUUUUAAACAAGAGAGAAUUCCUGUUGACUCAGGCAUCUCAGCUGAAGCUAAAUACCUCUAUUCAGACUCUACAUACUUAGCAAACAGAUUUCAGUCUACUCUUCAUUUUAUCCCGAAACCACCAAGUGAUGACAUUCUUUACCCUAUCUCAGAUACAUCAAAGUCCACAAGAUCUGGGCACCGAAGAUCGAUCAUACAUUUAGAACAUUCUAGAAAACAACCUGGAACACACAAUACUUCCAGUUCUAGCUUGCUUUUAGAGAAACAGCUAAGGCCACAUCAUCUUUGUUCAGAUUCCAUCGGUGAUUCAAAAGCACAAGAUGCUACACCAUUUCUACAACAUUCCGAGAAUGUGAUUCAGAUGGUUGAUGUCAAACAGGUGCCAGUUCUGCCACCCAUCUCUGCCAGUUCCUCAAACUAUGCUGCUGCAAAAUGCAUAACACCUCCAUCUUAA